CGUGGAAGGGGGCGAGCUCUUUGAACGCAUCAUUGAUGAGGAUUACCAACUGACCGAGGUGGAGUGCAUGGUGUUCGUGCGGCAGAUCUGCGAAGGAAUCCUUUUCAUGCAUCAGAUGAGAGUGCUGCACCUGGACCUCAAGGUAGGAGGGUUCAACCCCCGUGAAAAACUAAAAGUCAACUUCGGCACCCCGGAAUUCCUGCCGCCGGAGGUGGUCAGCUACGAGCCGGUCUCCUACAGCAGCGACAUGUGGAGCAUGGGGGUGAUCACAUAUAUGCUGCUGAGUGGUCUCUCCCCUUUCAUGGGGGACAACGACCCGGAAACCCUCAACAACGUCCUGUUGUCGGAGUGGUAUUUCGACGAGGAAGCCUUUGAGGGCAUCUCAGACGAAGCCAAAGAUUUUGUCUCCAACCUGAUCAUCAAGCAAAAAGGCGGGAGGAUGAGCGCGGCCCAGUGCCUCCAGCACCCCUGGCUGAACAACCUGGCCGACAAAGCGAAGCGGGUCAACCGACGGCUCAAAUCUCAGGUCCUGCUCCGGAGAUACGUCAUGCGACGUCGCUGGAAG